AUGUUCGCAACACAAUCCCCCCAAACUCCCUUCCGCCAAACCCACUACACCCCAAUCCAUUCCUCCCCACUCAGCAAACACAACACGACUCCACCCACAUGGACCAUGUCCCCGACGCGUAGCAUGCAAAGCGCGUCGCAAAGCACAGCACCAAACCCAUUCAGCAAUGCACCACCAAUCUUCAACAUCCAAACCGAGCCAAUAACCCGACACAUGCAAAACCACCACUCUCCGAUCCCAAUGAACUUCCACGCGUCCGCAUCCGCCUCAACAACACCAACCUCCACAAACCCAUUCCUCACCCACACGCAAACACCCGCCUCGCCCUCUUCGCCCACUCGCCAAAAACCCAAAUACGAAGCACGCUACGCUUCGAUUAUCGCGAACCCGCUCCAGGGCGCGGCAGGUCUGGCGCGCUCGAAAACGCGUAAGAUGUUCCUUAAUCGCGUGCGUCAUGAGCGUGACGAUGGGCGCUUUGAGGCGCGCGGCGAGCAGAUGAUGCGGAUGGAACAUCUUGCUGAUCGGAGACGGUGGGAGGAGAGUAUGGCACGGGAUGGGGAGGGGGUUGUUGGGGGUCUUGAGGGGGAUGAGGAUGAUAUGCUUCCUGGUAUGUUUGUUUCUGGUUUAAUUGGUGGAUAUGUGUGUGGAUGGGAUAUUGGAUGGACAUGGAUUGCUGACUUUGGGGGCCUGGUAGAUGAUGUCGAUGCACUUGAUGAGUUUAUAUCUCAGGAGGAGGCUAUGGAGAUGGCUCUUAUGGAGACGCAAACUGGACUUCCCGCCAGGGUUUGGGAUUUACGGUCCAAUGGGCCCGGGGUUCUCUUCAGUGAUGAUGAGUAUGAUGACAUCUUUAUGGGAUUGUCAGAGCCUCGGGGAGAUCAGUGUCAGUCUCAGUCUCAGGAUAUGGAUAUGUCGUGA